GCCCGCUUCUGCGCGCUCCUCAUUCAUUUCGGUGCGCGCGAGAGGAGGCAGCAGUAGCAGCAGCAGCAGCAGACGGACCACGCCGAGUGUGUGUCUUGCUGACACCACAACAUUACCUUGAACUCUACUCGGACACAUUCAAGAUACAGCUGGAUUAUCAGACAUUUGUUGUUUUGUAAGUCCCGAGACACCAGCGUCUGUCUUCUGUGAGCAGGUGCUGGAGAGGACCGGAAGUAACUGUUGACGGUUUUGGUGCAGUAAGGCGCAGCGGAGGGGGCAGAGAGGCGAGCGCAUGAGGAGAGGGCGUCCAAAGACCCCCGUCUCCACACACACGUUCACGGAGUCACCGUGACUAGCAUCCCUCCAGCCGCCAUGAGGUCCAUCCGGUCGUUCGGGAACGAUGACCGUCACGUCAUGGCCAAGCACUCCACCAUCUACCCCUCCUCUGAGGAGCUGGAAGCGGUACAGAGCCUCGUCUCCACAGUGGAGUGCGCCCUUAAACACGUAUCUGAUUUGUUGGACCACUCUCAAACCAGCCAAUCAAAUUCAUCCAGCACGCAGGAGGAGGAGACUGAGACCAGCGCUGACGAAUCGCCAGAAGGCAGCACAAACGAGGGCAGCAGCUGUAGUAACGGACCCACCGGUGGGGUGGUUUUAUGUGGAGUGAUGAGAAUCGGUCUGGUGGCCAAAGGGCUCCUGAUUAAAGGCGACAUGGACCUGGAGCUGGUGCUCAUGUGCCGAGAGAAACCCACCGAGACACUGCUGCGUACCGUCUGUGACAACCUGCCGCUGCAGAUCGAGAAAUUGACAGAGGAGAAAUACGAGGUACAGAGCUGCAUCCCUGAGGCGGCCAUCUUAGUGUGCACGGCGACAGAACCCAAAUUCACGCUGAAGGUGACACUCACCUCCCCAAAGAUGAGAGAUGAUGAAGAGACGGAUGAACAAGAGAGCGUUGAGUCGAGCGAGCCGGCGGACCUGUUGGAUACACAGAGGUGCCUGGUGGCGUUGGCCUCUCUGCGACAUGCCAAAUGGUUCCAGGCUAGAGUUAACGGCUUAAAAUCGUGCGUGAUUGUCCUGCGAAUACUGAGAGACAUGUGCAAUAGAGUCCCGGCGUGGGAACCUCUGAAAGGAUGGCCUUUGGAGUUAAUAUGUGAAAAGGCCAUCGCCACGUGUAACAGGCCUCUGGGGGCAGGUGAGGCUCUGCGCCGGGUCAUGGAGUGUCUCGCCUCGGGCAUUCUGCUUCCAGGUGGACCUGGUCUGCAUGAUCCUUGUGAGAAGGAACCAUUGGACACACUCUCGGCCAUGACAGAUGAGGAGUCAGAGGCCAUCACAUACAACGCUCAGAAUGCAUUACGGCUGAUGGCUUUUGGGCAGAUCUAUAAAGUCUUAGAAAUGGAUCCACUACCUUCAAGUAAACCCUCACAGAAGUUCCCCUGGUCAGACAAAGAUGGUCUGGGAUUGAAGAGGCCUUAUGAAGACGGUCUGUUCGACGACAAAGACCUCAUCAAGAAGAUGAAACGCAACCUCAGAAAAGCAGUUCUUGACAGCAAAGCAAUAGACUCAAACCAACCCAUGAACGCUCUGAUGCGGUUGAACCAGAUCCGGCCGGGGCUGCAGUAUAAACUGCUGUCUCAGUCAGGUCCGGUUCAUGCCCCUGUCUUCACCAUGUCUGUAGAUGUGGACGGCACCGUUUAUGAGGCCUCCGGCUCUUCAAAGAAGACCGCCAAGCUGCACGUGGCUGUCAAGGUGCUUCAGGCGAUGGGAUACCCCACGGGCUUCGACACAGACCUGGACUCCAUGAGUGCAGAUGAGAAGUCAGACGGGGAAGGGAAAAGCGAAGCGACCACACAUUUAAGCAAUAACACAUCACACUCCUCAGACAACUCCAACACACUGGAGGUGCGAACUCAGGGUCCUAUUCUGACGGCCAGCGGCAAAAACCCAGUGAUGGAGCUUAAUGAAAAACGCAGAGGCCUCAAGUACGAGCUCAUCUCAGAGAGCGGAGGAAGUCAUGACAAACGCUUCGUCAUGGAGGUGGAGGUUGAUGGACAGAAGUUCCGUGGCGCAGGGCCCAAUAAAAAAGUAGCCAAAGCCAGCGCCGCCCUCGCUGCUCUAGAGAAACUCUUCUCUGGGCCGAAUGCUGCUGGCAACAAGAAGAAAAAAAUCAUCCCUCAGUCUAAAGGGGCAUUAGCUGCAGCUGCUGCAGUGUCUGCGGUUGCGGCUCAGGCAGCGCGGGGGAGGGGACGUCCCGCCCUCACGCGAGGAGCAUUCGUCAGUGCCGCUGCACCAGGAUACGUCACGCCAGGCUUCGGAACGCCCUACGGGUACAGCGCAGCAGCUGCUGCUCCCGCAUACGGUGGUCUUUUCAUUGACAAUCCCUUUUACCAGCCUCGGACCAUCGCUCCUUUUUUUAUUCACUUGGGUCCUCAAGAUCUCUUCUCUGACUUCUAGAACCAUCAGGUUGUGUGGCUUUAAAGUGUCGUACCACUCCAGGCUUGACCAGGCUGUCUCCACUGCACAGAAAUGGCCCAAACUUCAUACACUCCACCCAAACCCAUCCAUACCCUAUCUAUGGAUCCAAAAAUGCACCAAUCUUACAAAAGCAAUAUUCCAUUUGACUUGCUCGUCCCGAAAACCGGCUGGGGACCUCGUUUCCUCCGUAUAUAGCAAUACACUUGAACUUCUUUGGGCUUUAAGCUUACUUGAGAUGAUGUGAAUGUUCAGUUGAGUUACUCUUGACUUGGCAUUGCAAUAUAGGCAUUAUCAUUGUAUAUUUACCACAUGUGUAUGUGUGGCUAUAUUAUAAAUAUACACAAAUAUGCAUAUAUAUGUAUGGUCUGUGGCACUAUAAAUAUAUAUGUGUAGAUAUACCUAUGUACUUAUGUAUAUUUAUAUACAGUAUAUAUAUAUACAUAUACAUAUACAUAUUCUUGGUAUUCAUGAUUUUAGAUUUGUAAAGUGAUAUGUAAACAAACUAGGAUAUAGCUUUCUUCCAAUUUUAUAUAUACAGUAGAUACAGUACAUAUAUGCUAAGCAAUUUAACCUUGUGAACAUGCAAUAUGAAAGCCCUUUUCUUAAUCUACCUGCAGUAGAUUAGUAAUGCUUCCUUUGUUGCACCUUCAGCAGCUUGAUCGUGUCUUUUCACUAGAUCUGUGCGAGCGUGUGUGUGUAUGUAUGCAUUCAUGCUCAGUCGACCAAAGUCUGCAGUUCUGGUUGGGUUGAGAGGUCGUCCUCCAAACAUAUGGCCACCUGUUUAUGACAGGCAUACAUGCAGGUCUUUCUAAAGCACAUCUGACUGAGGUGCAUACUCAUACACACCAUCACUAACACGUUUGUGCGAGCAGGUCUGACGGGCAGCUAGCGUGACCCAGUCACUCACUUUUCCUCGCAAAGCACAGGUAACUUUCCUUUAUGCAGCAAGGUGGCCGUCCAUUCGAUUCUUCGUGCAUUCUUUCAUGCAUACACGGGCCUGUUUCACACCGCAUGCGUAAACUAUGUAUUAUUUUUAUUAUUGUGGUGCCUGUAUUAACAGGUUGCGACGUUACAGCGCUGCUUAGCAGAAACCUAGCUGCAAGAAACAUUUAGGCACUGAGCUUUAUUUUUGCUGUGUGUGGCGUACUGAAUGCAACAGAAAACACGUUGAAACUGCACUGGAAAUCUAUCGUUUGGUCAUUUCAACCUGGUCUCACAGGAAUUCGUAACUGUUUUACGGAGUGGGUAUUUUGCAUGACUCCGUACGAUGUGAAUCGUACAAAACGUGGGAUUCGAAACACCUCAUAAAAUAGUUCUGAAUUUCAGUGAGAUUGUGUUGGUAAAUUUGACUAAAUUGAAAUAUUUUAUAGCUGCAGUUGUGGAGAAUUUGCAGUGCAGUUAUCCUACUAUUUGUAUUUUAACGGGAUGCUCUUCAGAAGUUUUCUGUGGCCCACUUUUUUUACACCGUUUUGAUUGUGAUUGUUUUCAUGUUAUUAUCAUUGUACACUUGAAACUAAUCCCGCUGUUUGAAAAAAGUUCUCAAGACUAGAAAAAAAUUGCUAGGAAUUGCUGACGUGAAUGGUGCUAAUGUUUUAGGCAACACGUCGGAAAUAAAAAUAAUGUUGGAUUUGUUGGCGUAACCCAAUAAUAAUAAAAAAUGAAUAAAUGUACUUUCCUACCACCAAACACAGAGAAAAAGACCUCAAGUAAAACUCUUUCAACCCUGUAUAUACUACGUAGAAGGUCAAUGUUACAGUUAACCCCUCAUACAGUAGUUACCCAUAAGUCACAAUAGAUGCUUUUCCACCAGUAGGCCAACUGUCCUAAAAACAGUAAGGAACAGUAGAGCACAAUUACAAACUGUUACCAGUCUAGAAUGACCAACACUGUUGUUCUGUGUAGAGGCUGUCAUGCAGCAGGAACACUUUCAGUGUGAACAAUUUCAAUGCCAUGUGUUGCAUCUACCACUUUCUGCAGCCUGUGGUGUGAAACAUGCCUUGUGUUUGGUGCAGCAGCACAAGGUUGCUUCUUAUCUCUGCGUUUUUCUUCAGCAGGUGUGUUGUAGCGCAACUUUAGGCUAACUAAUUAAAAACUAUCAAAAUACUCCCAGAUAUCAACCACAGAGCACAGUACCGGCCAUCAUGAACCAUCCUUCUGAAUGUCAAACAAUAGUCUGAAUGCUUCUCUAUAAGUAAUGAAAUUUAUUUUAGAUACAGUAUUUCCUUCUUGUUAUUUCACACGUGUACGAGAAAUUCGUUCACUGGUAUUCUAUUGAUGUUUGUAUGUCAAAAUAGUUUUGUAACCGCAAUUUCUGAAUAAUAAUCUUAGACCAACAAUUUUGGAUUUCAUUCAAAGAAAUGCAUCUGACCAACUUCAACACCCAGCUCACAUAAAUAGAUAUACAGUAUAUUAAACCCGUCCCCUUAUAUACAGUACGAUAGUCUCCCAGUGUAUUUAGUAAUAUGUUAGCCGUUGUGUUUGAAUGUGAAGUAUGGUAGCUUCUAAAAUAGGAAAAGAUGGGAUAUAAUCAAAGAAAUAUUACGGAAUAGUACUAGUUUAGUAGUAAUAGUACAGUAUCGGUGAGUAACAGCAAUAGAACAACAUGCCUCUUGCAAGCUUCAAUAUCCUUGUUUGUCAUAACGUGAUUUUUUCUUCCUUUGUUUCUUUAAAUUUUCUUUACAAAAGAAAUGAGUUUUUGCCCUUCCCAACCAGACGAGACUUGGGUCAUUUUUGAGUUAGAGAUGGUAAGUCUUGUAUGGGUAAGUUUUGUGUGGAAAUGCAAUAGAUAGCGAAUUUAAGACAGAGGUUUGUCUUUUUAAGCUUUAUGAAUGGUUGUCAAACACACAAGCCCCUUUCCGAGAUCUUGCGUCACAUAAGCGCUUUCAAAUGAAUUAAAAUUGGGAGUGGAAGGCAAGUCAAUGCACCGCAUAACGAUAAAAAAGCGAUAGGGAGUAAAAUAGAGGGUUUAUAAAGUGUAGCAGAGAAUGCUUCAAAUAAAAAUCAUGUCAUAGUCUUCCAUAUAGUUAUUUCGUCAAAUGUAUUAAAUGUUCAGUAAAAUGUAGGCUAUAGUUCUAAACGGAUGAGCCGUCUUUUAAAGCCAUUCAAAUGCUGAAAACGUACAUUGUGGAAUAACGCACCACGUUGCUUGGCGUAAAUAAACAGCCUGAAGCUAAUAAAAUACAUACUGUUGAUAACUAUUCAUUAUUAAUAACUUUUUAUUGAACGCUGAUGUCUUGUAUAAGAGAACAUCAAAAAUAAUAUGUUUAGUAAUCACAGUGACUUUAUUAAGGUUAAGAUUGUUAUACUUAGAUUUAUGAAGUACCAAAAAGCAUCACUUUGUCAAAUUACCGUAACGCAUAGCCUUACAUAGUGUCUUAUAAAUACAAUACAUGCGUUCUCACACUCACAAAUUUCUGUCAAAUAUUUCAAAGCAAUGUAUCAGAUUGUUGUCAACAAGGGACAGGGACAUUUCAUUCAUCUAAAAAUACAAAACUAAGCCAUAAAUAGUAGUCUGUCUCUAUAAGCAUGCGAAGUAGCCGUGUUGUUUUGCUGCGAUGCUUUAGAAGCAAUCAAAUAUUCUCCGAAGUGCCAGCCUGCCUCCCCAGGUGGUGUUGGCAGGCAGAUGGUCUUCAUAAAUAUGUUGUGAGGAAUCAUGUUUUAGUUGAGUUUAAGUCGAGCGGAGCUCAUCAGCUUGUGUUUGGAAUAUCGGUGGUGGGGGGUGGUGGGAACGCAUAUAUACAGCUGCGUCUCAAGUCUGAAGAUGACGUCUGAAAUGAAAUUGCAAUAAAAGAGCCUGAGGGGUUUGCGAUCCAAUAGGAUUAAAAUGAAAUAAGCUUGGUGCAAAUGAUUUGGUAGGUGCCGUCAUAAGUCGCAGAUACAGUAGACGGGCCAUUCCAAGUCACCAACUGGUCAAUGAUGUCUGCAUCAUUUUGAUCUGAAAUAAGAAUAGGAGUGCCGUGGUGUAGCGGUUGGCACAAUGGUGCUUUAGUUUUUACGCUAAUGGUGCUUCUGCAAGUUCUGUACUCGGCCUCUAUUGUGUCGGGAGGAACUUUAGGCAGUUUUGAAUGAUACGACUACUUUGUCUGAGCGUUUAAAUUGUGCACCAUUGUCCGGUUAUCAUAUUUAGGAUUAUUAAUGUUGGAUUAAUAAUAUUUUGAUAUUCCAAAGAAAUAAGCAUCAUUUUGAAAUAGUAGCCCACACAAGGUUUUUGACUCCUAAGUUACACUUAAUGGAAUAGUUCACUUUCAAAAUGAAAAUUCUGUCAUCAUUUACCCACCCGGUUGUCAUUUUAACGUACGAUUUUCUUUUUUCUGCAAAACACAAAUGAUUAUAUAUAUAAAAAAAAUGUUGGUAACCAAAAACCGUUGGCUCCUUGACUUCUAUUGAAUGGACAGAAAACCAAGUCAAUGGGGACCAACGGUUGUUUGUUAACUACGUUUUUUGAAAUAUCUUCUUUUGUGUUUUGCAGAAAGAAGAAAGUCAUACAGGUUUGAAAUGACAAGACGGCGUGUAAGUAAUGACAGAAUUUUCAUUUUGAGGGUGCACUAUUCCUUUAAUGUGUGAUUUCAUUACAUCAAUAAAAAAAUACCAAACCAAAUAUCAGCAAAACAAAUGAUGGUUUUUAAACUUCGGUGAGCCAUAUUUUUUGGGGGGCAAAUCAGAUUGUUGUGGGUGUCUGACAAGAUGGUUCAGCAUGUCAGCUAUCAACAUGUUUCACUGUCUGACAACCAGAAAGUGUCUUAAAUGGCAUUUUGUUUGAUGUAAUGCCAUACGCACAUGAAGUGCAAAGUUUAACAUGUUAAACUAGGGAUAGUUCGGCCUAAAAUGAAAUAUUUGUCAUCCUUUACUCUUCCUUACAAGGGAAUCAAAGGCGUCAGCAACACUGCUGUGCCAGGUCUCCGUCCACUUUCAUUUUAUGAGCCAAGAUUCGACUAUUUAUCAAAUUUAUUUUUUAUCAAAAAUAAUCAAGUUUUAUGUAAGAGACAAAAGUCAAAGUAUGAUUUGCCCCCAAGUAAAUGAUAAAGAAUUUGUAUUUCUAAAUCAGCCCAGAGAUAGAAAAUGUCUUAUCAUUUUGUGUUUUCUGUAGUUAAUUGGGGGCUUUCAUUUUUACAAGUUGAAGGACAGAAUCAUUCAUAAUUCCUUGACAAACAUAAACUAGUUUUGUCACAUUGGCCCUCAAUGCAGCAGGCUUGUACAAUAUUUCAAAAGUAAAGUUGACCUUGUUAUGAAGGAAAGGGACUUGUGUGUGGGACUAGAAUCAGAAAAGGCUGCUAAUCCAGUAUGCGAGCUUGCAAAAAUAAAGAUCCAGUUUGAGCCUAAACAAGCUUUGCGAAAUAAAUUGCUGAAGCAAAUGUUUUUUUUUCCACGUCUCCAAGCUUCUCCCACAUAUAGCCGGGGCAGAUGGGCACAGACGUCAUUUGAUCUGGUUCAUGCGUAAGCUGGGAUCUUUACGUUCCCAUAGACUGAACCAGCAGUAGAGCCAUUUUUAGGUUUGGAAUGUAUUCUGUAGUUGAAUGUAGUAUCAUAGAAAAGCUGCUGUAACUGAUUCAUAAUUGAUCUUUCUUUAUUUUUUGGAGUGGGGUUCUUCUGGCCGUGUGUUUUAUUUAUACCUCUCAUGGGAAUUCCCUGCUUGCGUGCUCUGCCACGAUUCUGUAAAUACUCCUCUCGAGUCGGACUGCAGGUGAAAGCAGUCCACGGGAUUCUUAUUUAUCAAUUUCACAACUUUUAUGUAUUUUGACAAAUUAUAUAAACAAACAAAACAGAACUAUCUAGAUUUGAGAUAUUAUCGAGUAUAAUAAUAUAAUGUGAAUUGGUGAUUGUGCACAAUUUCUGUAAGCAAGCAGUGCUUGAACAUGACAGCAGUAGAUGUUUGCUAGCCGUGGUAUCAAAUGAUGACAUUAUAGUGGUUUGUCUGUCAUUUUAUUGCCACAAUUUAUGCUUUCGAAAUAAAGUGCUGAAUCUCUAUAAAGUGUAAACCUUUUUAAAAAAAUAAAUCUAUAUCUAUAAAGAAUAUGAAA